AUGUCGAAUUCAAUACUUUCCGCUUCCGCGAAGGGAGCCACCUUUCUCAUCCUCCUGCAGGUGGCUUCGCGGGCGCUGACGUUUGCUGUCAAUCAGGUUCUGUUGAGGUUCCUAUCACCAGAGCUACUGGGCGUGUCGGCGCAGCUGGAGCUGUUUUCCAUCUCUGUGUUGUAUUUUGCCCGCGAGAGUCUGCGUGUGGCGCUGCAGCGUCAGGCUCAUAGGACGCAGGCUGUCGUCAACCUUUCGUAUCUCGCUGUCUUUUUCGGCACGCCUCUGGCCUAUCUUCUCGCGCUACUAUGGAUGCGUUCCGAUACGCCAAACGUUCCGUACUUCAUGGAGGCCCUGGUUGUGUAUUGCCUGGCUACUUUCUUGGAACUGCUGAGCGAGCCGGCGUUUUCUGCUGUGCAGCAGAAGCUACUUUACAAGGUUCGAGCGUCGGCUGAGAGUUCAGCUACUUUGCUGCGCUGCGUUGGUACAUGUGGCUCAGCUAUCUUGGCUAGUCGAGCUGGCUUGGACAUUGGGGUCUUGCCAUUCGCUAUCGGGCAGCUGGCGUAUGCAUUGGCUUUGCUUGUUGUGUAUUCGUACAAAACGUGGCCUGUUGCAAAGACUGAUGGCUUCUCGCUGUUCCCGGAAAGAGUACAAUCCACUCAGGAAAACCCGACAUUGAUGAAUUACUUCUCAGCUCCUCUGCUGCGACUGACUGCAUCUCUUAGUCUGCAGUCAGCGCUGAAGUAUGUUCUCACCCAGGGAGACUCUCUUCUCAUUACAACGCUGGCAUCUCUCGCAGAUCAAGGCGCCUAUGCGCUCGCUUCAAACUAUGGAGGCCUCAUUGCACGCAUGCUUUUCCAACCCAUUGAAGAAAGUAGUCGCAACAUGUUCGCCAAACUAUGCGCAAACGUAGAGACGUCAGCAACGGAGAAGAAGGAUCUAAAGAAGUCGGACGAACAAAAGCAAGACCUUGCUCAAGCUUCUAGGGUAUUGAGUACCAUACUUCGACUCUAUGGAAUUAUCUCCUUGUUCGCGGUUACACUAGGACCUGUACUAGCUCCAGUGCUUCUCUCCAUCGUCGCUGGGAAAAAGUGGUCUGCAACCUCUGCUUCGCAGGUACUCUCCACUUAUUGCUACUACAUACCCUUUCUCGCUAUCAACGGAGUCACGGAGGCUUUUGUAGCCGCAGUGGCAACCAACAAAGAGCUAUACGCACAGUCCAUUUCUAUGGGCAUCUUCUUUGCGCUCUUCGCGGGUAGUGCUUGGUUCUUCAUCGGGCAGCUCGAGAUGGGAGGCAAUGGCGUGGUUCUCGCAAACACGGUCAACAUGGGCUUGCGCAUCGUCUGGAAUACCUGGUUCAUUAGGCGGUUCUUCGCGAAGAACGGCUCCGAGUUCAAUGUACUCGAGACAUUGCCCUCACUUGCUGCCGUGGCACCGGCGGCUGUUAUACCUACCCUGAUGCGAACGAAACCUGCAAUCAGCUUUCUUGGACGGCUUGGGGUGCUUGGGGAGCUGAUCAGUAUGGGUGCAGUGGGUGGUGUUUACGUCUUGCACGUUCUUUUCUUCGAACGGCAGUUUCUCGUCGACUGCUAUCGCAUGCUUCGACCGUCGCGGUCUGCUCAGCCACCCACGAAGUCGACUUGA